AUGCAGAAACAUUCAAAAAUUCCAAAAAUGGCAAGCUCUUCAAGACGUUCUGAUUAUGGUGAAGAAUUCAUUGAGCAACUAAGAAGAGAUCGCUUCAAAAAGUCGUAUAUUCUUGUUAAUGGAGUCAAUAGCAGUGAAGAAGAAGAUGAGGAAUUGGAUUUUGACGAGGAAGAUGAUGAAAUGGCGAGUUAUGCAAUGGGCGGACAUUUACAACAACAGCAACAAUUUCAACAACCUCCAAGACCAAGCUCUACUCAUUCAUCACGUAGGCCUCCAUCAGUUGCCGCGUCAUUAUCACAACGGACUGGUGGUGCUUUUGGAUUUGAUGCAAAGGACCUUUACUUUUUUGGUGUUCUUACUGAAAUAACGGACAAAUUUACGCCGGAUCGAGCUGCCAGAUUCAUCGCCAAAAGUUCUCCACCGUAUGAAUUUCGAACGUUGUCUUCAAUUGAAAGAGUUGCUUAUUUGUUCUACUACUCCCUUUAUGAAAGAUAUUUGAAUGUGCCAAAGUUUCACAAUGUUUUUAAUAGAGAGUUUUUCAAAUACACGAGUGCUGGUGAUUCCGAGCGUGGAGCAUUUUUGAAGAUAUGUCGACAUACACUACAAGAAUACAAAAGACGAAUGCUUGAACGGAAUAAAUUGGCUUAUAAACUGGCACAAAAACAUCUUUUUAGCGAUGAAAGAGCUACUUCCGGGAGCAGAGCAAGUGAUAGGCCAAGUUUUGCUGAUGGUGACAGUGAAAAUAGUUUGCAGUCUUUGGCUAAUGAGCUAAUGUUUUAUCGAGCACCUCAUGCUCCUAUUCAUUUUGCUGCUAAAGGACGCAUUGUUUUUGUCAACCCAGAAAUUGGAAUUAGUAUUGUAUGCAUUGAAAAUACCAAAAAAUUUUACAAAGACUCCGAGGGGCGACGUUUUGUUGAGACGUUUGAGAACUUUAAAGGUGUGCUUAUUUUUCGAAUUUUUUUUCUUGACUAA